ACUGUAAAUUGUGACUUCUUAAAAGAAAGUGGACAGAAAGUGAAAUGAUUAAGUUUUUUAUUUUAUUUUUCCUUAUUGUGGGCAUUACCUAUGGACUUCCAAAUGAUUUCAGCCAUAGGGAUGGUUUUAACCCCCUCAAUGUGACUGAAAUGAUUUCAUCAAAAGGAUAUCCAGUAGAAUCCCAUGUUGUUGAGACUGAGGAUGGCUACUUGCUAACCAUGCACCGUAUCCCGUAUGGAGUAGCUAAUGGAUCAGGACCUGCCCCCAAUAAAUCCGUUGUAUUCCUUCAACAUGGUUUUCUCUCAUCGUCUGCAGAUUGGGUUGUAAUUGGACCAGAUAAUAAUGCCCUAGGAUACCUUCUUGCCGAUGCAGGUUAUGACGUAUGGAUGGGUAAUGCAAGAGGCAAUACGUGGUCAAGGAAGCAUAUUACAUUGGAUCCUGAUAAUCCACUUACUCGUCAGAAAUUUUGGAAUUUUAGUUGGCACGAAAUUGCAAUUUAUGACAUUCCCGCUAUGAUUGAUUUUAUUCUCAAUACAACUGGACUGACGAAGCUUCACUACGCCGGACAUUCUCAGGGGACAACUGUCUUGUUCAUCCUGUGUUCCCUGAAGCCUGAGUACAAUGAUAAAUUUAUUUCAGCGCAUGCUUUGGCACCAGUUGCCUACAUGUCUCAUGUUAAGAGUCCUUUUUUCCAAGCUUUUGCACCAAUAAAUUUUCCUCUUUCUACCCUUACCACGCUCCUAGGCGUGGAUGAGUUUGCUCCUAGCACUACAGCCUUCCAACUAGGUGGAUAUGCAGCCUGUCAAGAUGAAUCACCAGUUCAAGGCUUAUGCUCUAACAUUUUGUUUCUCAUGAGUGGCUUUGAUCCUCCGCAACUUAACCAAACUAUACUUCCGGCCUUCUUGGCUAAUUACCCUGCUGGUUCAGCAACAAAACAAUUUAUCCAUUACUUACAACUUGUUAAUUCGGGUCGUUUCUGUCAAUACGAUUAUGGAGCGGUUCAGAAUUUGCUAAAAUACGGAUCAAGCACACCUCCUGACUAUCCUCUUGGCCAAAUAACAGCCCCAAUCGCACUCCACUACAGUGACAACGACUGGCUAAGUGCUGUUGUAGAUGUUAUGCAAUUGGAAUCUGAACUUUCUAACAAUACCAAUUUUAUUGGAGCCUUUCAUGUUCCUUAUGACGAUUUUAAUCACAUGGACUACCUACUUGCUAUUGAUGUCAAACUUUAUGUUUAUGAUUUAGUUCUCAGCAUAAUCAGAUAUUAUGAUGUGUAGAAUGUUAAUGCGUUAAAGGAAAUUAAAAUAUAAUAAAAUAC